CGGCCGCCGCCGCCAUGCCCGGCCCCACCACACGCGUGCAGCACGGCGCCGCGCCCCGGAAGCAGGCAAAGGGGAAGGAAGCGGCCGCCAUUUUGUGGGAGGGCGCUGAGGAAGGGCAGAGCGCGGCGGCGGCAGAGGACGAGCAACCAUGGCUGGCCAUGACUCGGGAUCUCAACACCAGUUCACUGGAUUUCAGAAGUACUUCAAUUCCUAUACCAUGGUGGGCAGGAGGAAUUAUGUUAUAGCAACGUACACAGGCAUUGCAAUGCUCAUCUUAUAUUUCAAGCUUAGAUCUAAAAAGAAGACUCCUGCUGUGGCAGAUAAGUAAAUGGUUGCUGGCAUGUCUGAACCUGCAUUGUUUCAACGUAAUGGAAGCUGAUGUCCUAUUCUGGCUAAUAAAAUAUAAACAAUUA